AUGACUAAUGAUAUUUUUAAAAUUGUAAAUGAAUUUUCCGAUUUUGAAAAAAUAAUGAAUAAUUCCAAAACAAAAGGUAAUAGUCCCAAUGACGAAAAUUUUAAAGAAAUUAAAACAAAAGUAUUCCCAGGUUUUAAUAGUAAAGUUGAAAUCAUAUGCAAAAAUUUUGAUAAUUAUACGAAUACUAUACAAACUAAUAGUGACACGAAAGUGUCUUACAAUUCCAGUUGCAUAUAUUUGUACUAUUGGCUAUAUUAUUUUAAUAAUAAUAAUAAUGAAAGGAAUAUUGAACGUGUUAAAAUUAUUUAUGAUGAAUUGAUCAAAGCUGAUAGUACAGCUCAUCAGACCAUAUGUCCACAAAGUGAUUAUAGUACUAUUACAGAUAAUGAUAUGUUAAAGAUCAAAGAUCUUCAUGUUAUGUACACUUAUCUAAAUAAUAAUAGUUCUCAUAGCCCUGAUAAAUGCAGUGGUGGUAACGAAUGCGCUGAACUAUAUAUGAAAUACAAAGUUCUAUGUGAAUCCAAUAGUUACUCUAAUUUUUGUAAUGAAUUAAAAAAUGUUAGGGAAAAAUAUAAUGAACUAAGUACAACUAAAUGUUCUGUACACUUGACAUAUAAAAUGUUACCUUUGUUCCAAAAAUAUAAUAUAGGAGUUCCUAUUGUAAUUACAAUUCUUGUGAUAUUAUUAAUAUCAAUAACUUUAUUUAUUCUCAAUAAUGUAAUUAUUAUAUUAUUUUACCCAUAUAAUACAUGCUUUAAAGGAAGAUUAACAGAAAAACGAAAUAAAUGGAACAAUAAAGAUGUAGAUUAUAAUAUAUUCCAAUCGUACAAAAAUAUCAGCAGUGCUAUUAUGAAGAGUAGACACCAUAUUUUAUAUAAUAAAUUCUAA